CCAUAUUUCCGACGCUCUAAAAGGCAGCGUGUAAUUUCUUUCCACAGGUUUCCAUAGAGACGCAGCACUCGGUAGCUAGUGGUACCAAAAUGCUAACGUUACCGGAAUGAGAGGCUCUUAUAACUUCAAGCACAAGGGCCAGCAGUAGAGAUGUCUCAGUUGUCAGCUGAAGAUGAGGUGGAGUUGCAGUCUCUACUCAAGCAGCUUCUGAGAAGCAUCAAUGACAGGAUCUCUGGUGCUCCAUCGACUGAAUGUGCUGAGGAGAUCCUCCUUCACCUGGAGGAGACUGACAAGAACUUCCACAAUUAUGAGUUUGUCAAGUAUCUCCGUCAGUACAUGGAGAGCUCUCUGGGGACUGUGGUGGAGGAGGAGACUAAGAACUUAACCAGAGGAGAUGGGCAACAUGCAAUAGGCUCAGGUCACGACACCUUGAUCCACGCUGUCACCCGAAGGACCAGAGACUCUGCUGAGUACCAGCAGAUGAUGCAGACCUUGAAAAACACCAUGAUCAUGGUGGUGGAGUCUUUGAUCAACAAAUUUGAGGAGGACCAGAUGAGGAAGGAGGAGAUGCACCGAGAGAAGCAGCAGCAGUCCAACAGUCAGUACACUGACAACUGCUCUGACAGUGACUCCUCCUUUAACCAGAGUUAUGCAUUCAUCAGACAAGAGCAGCUGCAAGCCUUGGCUGAAAAACUUGACUCCAGCAGACCUAAAGAGGUGCGUUGGGAGGCUCUUCAGGCCCUCUGCUGCGCCCCUCCGUCUGAUGUGCUGAGCUGUGAAAGCUGGAGCAGCCUGCGCAGGAACCUCUCUGCAGCUUUGACCGACCCCGACCUCAGUGAUAAUGUGCUGCAGUUUUUUGCUAAAAGCUUCUCUUCCUCUCCACUGAAUGUGACAAGAGAGAUCUACACUAGCUUAGCUAAAAGUGUGGAGUCAAGUUUUCUCUGUCACAAGCUAAGCUUUCCAACUGGCUCGGCUACUGUCGACAUCAACAGACCUGAGAUCAGUCGUCUCCUCAAACAGAUUCGACUGAUGAAUGACUUUCAGAAGGAGGUGACAACAUUCUGGAUCCGCCAUCCUGAGAAAUAUAUGGAAGAAGUUAUAGAGAGCACCUUCUCCCUGCUGUCCUUCCAUCAUGAACAUGGCUCAGCCUCAACAGGGACAGAGAAAGCCCUGGAACCCAUCCACCUACUGGCCUUACUAGAUGUUAAAGCUACCUGGUUUAAAAAGUGGAUGCAUGGAUACUACAGCAGGACUGUAGUUCUCAGACUCCUGGAGAGAAAAUACAAGUCUCUGAUUGUAGCAGCCCUUCAGCAGUGUAUCCAGUACAGUGAGUCCUGUGAGCGUUCAACAAAUGAGACAACUGAUCCCCAGUCAGCUGAGCAGCAGAACACUGGUUCAGUUCAGAGGAGAGUUUACACAGGAAAAGAGCUCGAAUAUGCCUUCUUUGUCCACUCGCUGUGUGUCCUAGGGAAACUCCUCAUCUACACCAAUGGCAGGAAGCUGUUUCCCAUCAGAGUGAAGAAGCACAAAGAUCCAGUCAGCCUUACGGACCUGGUUGUCAUACUGAUUAACAUCAUGUACCAACACCCCAAUCCUCCGCACAAUGACACCUCACUCUCAGACUCACUGUCGCCCAGCUGUCUGGCGAUGGAUGUGCUGUGGAUGCUGUGUGAGAGGACUGAGUGUGCUGCAGACUGUCUCUACCAGACCCCUGUAAUAGAGACACUGCUGGCUCCUGUUAUAGCUCUGCUUAAUGGACAGCAGGCCAAAUUAAAAUCUCCUUCAGCAACACUGACUCUCAUCGCCGACGUUCUGGCUCGCAUCGCAAACACCGACAGAGGAUUAGCUCUCUUCUUAUACGAGAAGAAUCUCGUUGUAACCCACAGUGAGAGAACCUUUCCUGCUCAUGUCAUUGUACAGUUCACCCUCAGGCUGCUGGAUAAGGAGCUGUCAUCACUAAGUGAAUCCGACGUGUCCCAUACAUCAUGCGGAGCAUUCAUCUUUGUCUGUAGGCAGAUAUACAACACCUGUGAGGGUUUGCAGGUGCUCCGACCCUACGGCCUGCACAAGGCUGUGGCUGCUGCAUGGAAAAAGACCAGUUCCUUGUCAGAAAGGGUUCCAACCCCGGUACCUGGAGCCACCACUGGAGCCUCCAUCCAAGAGCUGCAGAACAUGCUCAUCUGGGAGGAGACAUUGUUGGACAGCCUGCUGAACUUUGCCGCAACUCCGAAAGGCCUGCUGCUGCUCCAGCAGACAGGAGCCAUCAAUGAGUGCGUCUCCUACAUGUUCUCCCGCUUUACUAAAAAACUACAGGUGAGCCGCUGUGAGAAGUUUGGAUACGGGGUGAUGGUGACACAGGUGGCAGCAACUGCUCCAGGGGUGGCAGCAUUGCACAGUUCAGGUUUUGUCCGGACGCUGGUACUAGAGCUAUGGUCUGUUCUUGAAUGUGGCAGUGAAGAUGUUGGGGUGGUCCGUCCCAAGCCCACACCCAUGGACCCGAUAGAAAGAAGCUGCCUCAAGUCUUUCCUGUCCUUGGUGAACCUGCUCUCCUCUUCCCAAUCGGUGUGGGAGCUCCUGGGCCGGCAGCCUCUAGCCAACAAGAGUGAAUACACCCUGAGAGAGAUGCCAACCUCCAUUCCUGAUCUGAUUGACAGGCUGAUUGCUGUGAAUUCAGAUGCGAAGAUUCAUUCCCUGUUUCACUAUGAGCAGUCUCACACGUUCGGCCUGAGACUGCUCAGCGUGCUCUGCUGUAAUCUGGACUCCUUUCUGCUGCUGGAGAGCCAGUUCAACAUCUGCUCCAUGCUGCUACAGAGUCAGAGGGAGAACGUCACUGAGCUGGACACCGAUAAAGGGAAGUUCAUUAUAGACAGUGUAUCAGUGGAGAGGAAUCAUGUGCUGGUUCGCAUCAGUGUGGUGGGAGGUCCGUCUGAGAGGAAGCUUCCUCCUCGAGCACUGCAAGAGGGAGAAGAGCCUUACCCCUGGCAAAUGUUUUCAAGUUACCCUUUACCUCCCUGUUACACUUUGGGCCCAGCAAAGAUCCAUCAUAGCUCACAAGACUCUGAGAUCAGCUCAUUUCUGGCGUCUUCUAAAGACUCAAAGAACGAAGAGGGCUGGAUGGAGGCCUGCCGGAGACAGUACUGCAAAGUCAUGACCUCCAAACCCAACAUGCUCACUGGAAAGGUGCUGGCUGACCUUCUGGAGAAGGUUGUGGCCCAUCUAUCCAACUCUGCCACAGAGUGCUUCUUCUCUCCGGCUCAGUACAAAGCUUGUUUUACAGCAGAGGAGAAGAGUGUGGAGAGCACUGUGUUAUCAUCUGUGGAGCAGCUGGGAAUCAACACCUGUCUCAGGUACGGCAGCUACCUCAAGCUACUGACAGAAGAUGCUGUGAACGACCUGACGCUGCUAAUGAAGCAUAUUAAGAUCUUCUUGUCCACACAGAGAGUCAAAACUGCUUCAGACCUCAUCACUCUGCAGGACGGUUAUCCAGGAAAUGACUGGCUGGCCUCCACAGUGUUCCUCAUCAUGGCUGGAGAUGUUAACCGGUCUCUAAAUUUGCUUCUCAACCUGUCCUCUCUGCUUACCUCUGCAUUCAUCUGGCCAGCGAGGAUACAUUCCUCUGUCCAUGUUCCUGUGGAAGUAGCUGAAUCAGGAAUCUCUCCAGUUUACUGGUGCACAGCUCACUACGUGGAGAUGCUGCUGAAAGCUGAAGUUCCUCUGGUCCACUCCGCCUUCAGGAUGUCUGGUUUCACUCCGUCACAGAUGUGCCUCCACUGGUUGACUCAGUGUUUCUGGAACUAUCUGGACUGGACAGAAAUCUGCCACUACGUUACCACCUGUGUGGUGAUGGGUCCUGACUACCAGGUGUACAUGUGCGUAGCCAUAUUCAAACAUCUGCAGCCAGACAUCCUACAGCGCACACAGUCCCAGGAGCUGCAGGUCUUCCUCAAGGAGGAGCCAAUCCAGGGCUUCAAGGUCAGCGACUACCUGGAGCUCAUGGAUAGACUGGAGCGCAGCUACAGACACAUUGUUCUCACCGACAUGAAAACCAUUCGUAACCCUGUCGAGUAAGAACAAGCUGAAAGUCUCUGUGUUCCACAAGUAAGGACAGAUAGUUUUAAAGUGGACAUUGGACAACUUUUAAUCUGCCUUAAAGUUAUUACAGCUUGGUUAAGAUUUUAGCAAUAUUACACAAGAAGGUGUGCUUUACUGUCUUUACUGGCACAAUGGUGAUGCGGCUUGACCAAGGCGCUUGAUUCAAACAUUACUGGACAACUCCAGAAGGUUAUAAAGUCCAAAUCUCAACAUUUAUUUAUAAGAUACAGAUGUUUGUUUGUUUUUUCAAACUUCACAUGUUUUUAUUCAACAAAAUAUUCUGCUUCAAUUCAUGUUUGUUGAUGUUCAGCCUAUUCAAAAAUAACAUUUUCCCUAUGGUUACAAAACUGUUUGCAUUCUAGGCGCCUAGCGUCUCAUGUACCCACACAGAUCUCCGUUUCCCUGUGCCCAACAAACUAUUUACUGACAGCCUCUCACCCUCAACCAGAGCUACAGCAAGUACCCUCUGCCUGAAUGUUUUUCUGUCCAAGUACCAACAUAUAGUAUCCAUCCACUGAAGGGUCACACAUUAAAUUGCCUUCUAAGUACAAACAAGAACAUGCUAAAUUUCUAAAAAAGUGUCUCACUUGUUACCAAAUCACAUACUUAACAAAUCUGGAGGGAAUUGAACCUAGGAAUCUUUGUGAAAUUAAAGGAUAAUCAUGGUGAUACUCGUAUACAUAUAUAUAUAUCUAUAUAUAUCUAUAUAUAUAUAUAGAUAUAUAUAGAUAUAUAUAUAUAUAUAUAUUAUUGUUAACAAAUCAACAAAAAGACCAAAACCAACACUAAUUGAUCCUGCUAAUGUCCCACUACUGUAAACACUCAGUGUGUAUUAAUGAUAAUUAAUGUGCAUCAAUCUGCAGAUGAAACUUUCCCUGAACAUAUGCACUAUUUCUGCAAUGUGUCCCUGUAAACCGGUGCGAAUGAUAUCUUACGAGAAGUUAUGCACACGGUUUGUAUGAUAUCUUAUAAUUCAGCACCAUGAUGUCCUAUAAAUUAUCACCCCUGCUGGUUAGGUUAGGUUUAGGAAAAGAAUCAUGGUUUGGCAGCAUCAUGUUGCAGACCUAAUGCGACACAGCAACUUGACAUACAUAACUUAAAAUAACAGGACAGGACAGGACACAAACAAUGCCCUCCAUAGUCAAAGUCCUGUGUUUGUUUGAUCCAAACACAGACCCAACUGCCUCCCUGUGUGGACUUUGUCGCUCUUUAUAUAACUUGACCUGACUUCCUCCUAUGCUCCUAUAAUACCAACAGGCAGCUUGUAGCAUAUAGGCCUGCCUCAUAGUUAUUUCGGUUAUAUGUGAAUUGUAGAGCAUUUCUUUUCAUAGGUGUAAAUACUAGCAGUUAAUGAACCUGCACUAUUCACUCCUGUUUGGGUAACAUUUUCUAAAACCUUUAGUGCCCAGCUGUUUCAGGUAAUUACCAAACCUUUUUUAAAAACCAAAGCUAAUAUUCUCGACACAUUUUUAAAGAUUUAUGCCCUUGAUAGGAUCAAAGGGGCUUCUUGUUGACGAAUGAGGCUUUGGAAGUCGGAAAGUAUUAAGAGACUGAAUAACACAUUGUUGGUGUUGACCUUUUCACGGGAUUUGCUGAUCAUUUGAAACAUACAGAAUACCACCAGCCUUAUCCUUUGAUGGAGUUGCAGGCUACAUCCUUUCUUGCUACAGCGCAAAAUGUUACCAAUAAUUUAACAUCAUUUUACUGUAUGUACCUGUAACAAGUUGCACAUGACAUUACAUGACUGAACAUGAUGUAAAUACUGUAUGUGAUGAUCGUGAACAACUUGUUUGAAAGAUCACGUUUUAAUUCUGUAUUUAUUUUUUCCUACUGUGUAAAUAUCUAAUAUGUUUUGUACGUGUUCAGUAAGAUGUUAUUGUAUUAGCUAUUAAAUGAAGCAGUUGUUUACAGCUGUGAAUGGAUUUGGAUUUGGCGUGAAACAACAAUCAUGUUGCACUUUGUAAAAUAUAAAGUGUUUGUCCAAAUAAA